AUGUCUUACCGUUCGACUGACAGCGGAACUCGAAAUUGGAGCGACAGCGAUGGCGGUGAGCUGAGCGACUCUGAUGACGAGAGCUUGUCCAACUACGAGAAUGACUAUGACUACGAAGAACCCGAAGAUGACGGUAGAGCUGCCGGGGACGAGUAUGACAACAACGAAAAUGGAAAGAGCGAGCUCGAGGAGGAGGGAGACUUGGAACCGAUCGAAACGGUAGCGCCAGAACCGGAGUCAAAGCUUGCAACAUCCAUGAAAGCCAACUUCCGCGUCAUCAAAGGACUCAUGAAGGGCAGCCGUAUCAAAUGGGAAGAAAUCAUCGAAGAAGCCGACGAGUCCUACGCAGCAGAAACCAAGUCACUGGGCGAACGGCGCGAACAAAUCAAGGGACACGAGCACAUCCUACGCAAAAGGACCAGGGUUCACAAGCGCUUGCGCCGAGCGGUUACCCCAGCGCACAACGCUCUUCGCAAGGAAGAUCACAAAGAAUGCAUCUUGAUCUCUGAAUUCUUCGAUGCGGUCAAAAUUGAGAGGACGGCUAUCGAGGUCAGGCGGGCUGAGAAGAUCAAGAAGGCGGAAGAGGUACAUGUGCAGGAGUACGAGGCGCUGGUUGAGCUGCUGCGAGGCCUUCAGGUCAUGGCUAGGCUUUCUGGUGUUGAGCUUGAUGUGGACGAGGAUGGAGAUGAUUAA